AUGAAGCUCCUCCGAAGAGGCCUCCUCCUUCUUCUGUGCGGCUCCGCUUGUUUGUCGCUCCUCGCCAGAACGCGCGCAGUGGCAUAUGACUUGGCUACCUUGGGCUCGGCGGAGAAGCGGCUGGCCCUGAAUCUGCUCCAGGUGUUCGAGGAGGCGCGGGGGGCGGAGCGGGGGUUCUACGAGCGGCUGGACAACUCGCAGAGGAUUUUCGCCCAAGUGGGGGGUUGCGCAAACGGCGGUGAUGGCGGUGAUAGCAGCGGGGGAAGUGAUAGACGCGGCGGGGGUAGCGAUAGACGCGCCGCUGGUGGCGACGCGCCCGCCUCCUUCCUGCAGGUGAAGUCCAAAGGGCCAGUCGAAGAGGAAACCAUCUGGAGAGCGCUCUACGACACCCAGCUGAGGAGGUCCCCGCCGAACGAACAGGUGCACGUCUACUCCCUAGAGAAUGUAGGCAAAGAGUUUGAGCACGCUCAGAUGGAAGCGCUUGUCUCCCAAGCAGUUAUUCUGAAGAAUCAGUUUGAGGCGAAUUUGAGUUACAUGCAGGAGGAGCUGUCGAGGGGUAGAAAGGUACGCGAGGCCGUAAGUGAAGCACUCGCUUUGGAAGACAGGGUGGCGCAAGCGGGGGUGGCGCGGGGGAGCUUCCAAAACGGCGCCCUCAGGGGGGGAGCAGCUGGGAGGGGUGGAAGCGGAGUGCGGGUUCUCUGCUAG